CGCGCCAGGCCCCGGAGCCAGACCCAGACCCGGACCCGCCCUGCCCUGCCCCUGCCCCUGCCCCGCUGGCGGGCGGCUGCGCCGGGACAUGGACUCCGACUCCUGCGCCUCCCCCUUCGCCCCCGAGGAUUUUUCCCCAGGCUCCAAGAGACACAGAACCGUGGAAGAUUUUAACAAGUUUUGCACAUUUGUCUUGGCGUAUGCUGGUUACAUCCCCUACCCCCAAGAGGAGACACCCUUGAGGAGCAGCCCCAGUCCUCCUAAUAGCACUGGUGGGACCAUUGACAGUGAUAGCUGGGAUGCCCGAUUCAAUGACCUCCCUUCUGCUGUCUCCCUGCCAGUCAAGAAUAGAAAAAACUUUAGUCAGCUCAAGAGAACAAAACCAUAUGCUUCCCUGUUCCAGCGAGCAAAGCCUAGCAGUUUCCUGCCAGAACGAAAGCAAAUUGAUAAAAUCAGGAAGAAGAAAAAACUGAAGAGAAGGGAAACAGAAGUGCCUGUGGAGAAAGAAUAUGAGGAGAAGCUCCUGGACCUCGAGGUGGAGGACUCUUAUGUAGAAACCCCCAUGAGCCCUUCAUCUGAGGGUGACCCUCAGUCCGUGACCGACCACUGUUCGGUGUGGGACUCUGAUAGUCCUUCGAAUGUCUCUUACGCUGCUGCUAACUCUGAGCAGGCUGUGGAGAUACACAGUGUGGGCAAGCGAACAGUCAUCCGGCAGGGCAAGCAGGUUGUGUUCCGGGAUGAAGAUGGCACUGGAGAUGAUGAGGACAUCAUGGUGGAUUCAGAUGACGAUUCCUGGGACCUAGUCACCUGCUUCUGCAUGAAGCCUUUUGCUGGUCGGCCAAUGAUUGAGUGCAAUGAAUGUCACACCUGGAUCCACCUCUCCUGCGCCAAGAUCCGCAAAUCAAAUGUCCCGGAAGUCUAUGUUUGCCAGAAGUGUCGGGACUCCAAGUUUGAUAUUCGCCGUUCAAACCGCUCCCGGAUGGGCUCACGCAGGCGCUUUCUGGACUAGCCAAGGGAGCUGCCUGACCAGCAUGCCACUUGAGCAGAUUAACCAUGCAAAGCACAGAACUCCAGCCAACUAGGUCUAGGAGAGCUCCUUUGAACUGCAUUUGCUCAGGCAAAAGGGGGCUGCCUGCCUGUCCAUGUUAACAGGCACAAGGUGUCAGAAAGUCUCUGACAGCCAAGGCUGGAAGAGGCCUGCUGGUCAAAACUGCUGCUAGACACUGGCUAGCUGUAGCAGACAGAUGAAGCACCCCAGGUACAGAGGGGUUUUUGAACAGUUAAGACUACAAAGGGGAUGAUGUCUGGGAAUGUGUAAUACUUUUGCCACAUGUUAAUUCUCAUCCCACUGGGAAAGUGCUAAGAAACUGCAAGACUUUUAUGUGUUAAGUCAAUCACCUCCCAAGAGGGAGGAGGAAGAAAAGCUCUGUAUGACAAGUCUGAAAAGCUACUGGCCAUAUGUUUUAAUUUUAAUGUAAUACUAGACCCCCCCCCCACCACCCAUUUGUCCAUAUAUAACAAUCUUAAGUAUUCCUAAGGCCCAUGACAGUGAGUGUGAAUGCUCACUGAACUCGCGUGUGAUCUGCCUCUGCUUUGACAGGGCUGAGCAGCAGGCGCAGCAUUCGUUGAGUUCUGUGGUUUUUAGCAUUUGCUUCCAGUAAAAAACAAUGAUUUCCUGUU